AUGAACGCAGAGUCGUAUCUGCGCAAGCAAGGCUGGAAGGGCUCUGGUCACUCGCUCGACACGACUGGCCGAGGAAUCAAGAAGCCACUGCUCAUCGCCCACAAGCAGGAUCAGCUGGGGCUCGGCAAGAAAAAGGCUGCUUGGACAACGGACGACCAGUGGUGGAUGCGCGCAUACGACCAAAGCUUGCAGAGCAUUGGCACAGGUCAAGACAGCACCCUCAACCAGAUUCGAACCAAAGGCAUCAACCGCGGCGGCCUUUAUGGCUUCUUCGUAAAGGGCGAAGCCAUUGCUGGCACUAUAGACGACAGCUCAGCCAGCGCGACAGACGCUUCGAUCCCACCCUCCGGCGUAAGUACACCUCCCACUUCUGACUCCGACUCGGAAGCGCCCACGAAGUCUGCGAAGAUGACAGACAAGAAGACCAAGCGCAAGCGCCAGGACGAGGUCGAGCCCAAGGAGGCUAAGAAGGCAAAGAGGACCGACAUGAAGGGUGACAGCAAAGACAAGGCGAUUUCAAAAAUACCUUCAAGCAGCGACCAAGCCGAAGUCGAUCGAAAGAUUGCAAAAUUGUCGCCAAAGAAACGGGAGUGGUACGAAAAGCGGGCUGCGGCGAAGAAGCAAACCCUCAACGAAUACAUCCUCCGACGCGUCCAGAAGAAGUCGAUCAAGCGCGCGAAGAGGCACGCCAAAUCAGCACCUCCAGCCCCCUUCUUCACUGACCUCGAAGGUGAUGCGACCCUGCUUGAUCAAGCCACAACCGUCGCCGUGGAUGCGACCGUACUCGGCAUACAGCAAAACCCACUUCCCGAGACCGAGUCCACGACACCAGACGUCUCCGAGCCAGCGGCAGAGGAAACGCCACCAGAGGCUGCACAGAAGAAACCGCACGGCAAUAAAUCGAGCGAGAAGGAACGCUACAAAGCGGCUAUGCGGGCAGAACGGCUGCUGAAGAAAGAAGAGAAGAAAGCCGUCAAGGCGGAGAAGAGGGCCAACAAGUGCUCGAGCAAAUUCGGCAAGAACAAGGACAAGAGCCGGUAUAACAAGGGCAAGGGGAAGAAGAAGGGCGUAGUGGCGGUGGGGACUGCGGCGUAG